AUGGCUUGCGGUUUAGCUUUGAAAAGACCACAUGGACACGAAUAUGAAUCGUACCUCGCUGAUGAUGGAUAUGGUGGAGAAGCUAAACGAGCUCGUACUGCUACCCAUUGUUCGCCGUUCAGACCACAGAUGGGAACGAUAGCUGCUAAUUUGCCAUCGACCAGCAAUUUCGCCAAAGUUGUUAAGGUACAUUUCAAUUGAUUUCAGGAGGUGUGAUAUUGUAUUUCUUGAAAAUUGGUCUUAGAAUUCUGAUUCCAGUUUGAUCCUAAUUAAUCAAUUCGCAACAGAAAUUAGUUUAAAUUACACGGUUUAUCUUGUAGGCUGAGGAAAACUCUCCAUUUGCAUAUAUCGCCGAUCGUUUCCGCUUGUCACCCUCACAGCUCGAUUCAUAUAUCCGCUCCGAAGUGAAAAGCCUCAAACGUCGGAAACUCAUUCCAAACAAAACUUCGGGAGAUGGAGAUGGAUCUACGGCUUCAAGUUCAAAUGAUGUUUCAUGCCGAAAAAUCUACAGAGCACCAAAGUCUCCAGCACAGGUGAGAUUUGAAAUUAAUCAAAUUUGGUUUUAUUUCUGAACUUUGGUGAUGUGUGCCAUUAAUUCAUCGUGAAACGGAAAAUUUCAUUGAUCUCUAUCUGGCACCAUAUUAACGGCAGUGUGCAACUAGCUAAAACGUUUUUUAAAAGUUCUAGCUAUACUAAUUUUCUGACUACAUUUUACAAAUUUUCAUUGCAGUCUGGGUCCGACUCCGACGAAGACGUUCCUGCAAGUUCGAGCAAGGCUAGUGAUGCUUUGAAAGAAGCAAAAUUCACCAUUGCUCAAGUUUCAUUGAUAUGCGAUCGUCUCAUGAAAGAACAAGAAACGCGAAUGAGAUAUGAAUUUGAGGCGGAAUUGAGAAAAAAGCUUGAUGGUAUGUUUUCAUUUAGUUUGUGAUUUUUCAUUAGAUUUUUGAGUUAAUAGAAGUUCCUAUAAAAAUUUAGUCUAUUCUGUUAGAUCGCAUUUCGGAUUUUUUCUAUUGGUGAAUGAUUUCAGUUAUGAAAUAAUCUUGUGCCUCUAAUUCCUUGACAAGUUCAUCAUGUCUUGUUAAGCUCAGUUUGGCACUAUAGUAAUGGCAGAUUGCAACUAGUUAGUACGAUCAAUAGUCCAAGCUAUACUAAUUUUCUGACUACAAGAUUAAAAAUUUUAAUUUACAGAACAACACGAGCAAUAUGUUCAAUUUUGCGCGGAGCAACUUUCACAAAAUCGUGCGGACACCACAGAAAAUGACUACUCAUAUUCUUACCUCUCGUGA